UUUCAAAGCCCGGUCCAGAAUUCACGUUGCUUUGCUUUGAGUGCAGGCUUGAUUUCUUCUUGGGGAAGUCGGACCACCGGCAAAAAGACGUUGAAGAUAACAAGGGGAAAAGAAACUGAAGAAGAAGAAAAAAAAAGAAAAAAAGGAAAAAGACGUUAGCAAGUUGACUUGCAGCAAACAAAGUACCAAAACCGGUCAGGGCGAGGUGUGGUAACCAACGAUAGUACGCAGCACGGCUUCUUUGAGCUGCGUCGCAUGCUCGUGGGUGCAGACUGCUCCGCAGCCAGUCCGCUCGCCUCAUUAGUACUUGACUUCAACCUGUCCCGAAUUUCCCCCCGGGAUCAGGACUACUCGGGGGCUGUUCCAUGUGGGCAAUUGGAUUUAUCUUAGUUCCGAAAAGCAACAUCCUGUUCACCGUCCAUCGAGGGAGUGCCCUUUUAAGGAACAGGGAAGUGGCUUGUAGCUUCGCCUCAUCUGCAGCAACUGACUGCUGCAUCGUCCAGACCCUGACAGGAGCAAGGCGGGCAAAGCAAGCGGCUGCGUGGGCCAGCCGUCCUCCACAUCCCUGGGGCUCACUCAGUCCAACUCAUUCAAACUCAUUCACUCAAAACAAAAUUGACUUUCCUGGCUUUGCAGCUGUGGGCAAAGACCCGACCCGACCAUAGAUGUAUGCAUACAACACACAUACAUACCUACAUACAUGUGCUACGCGCCACCGCAGCCUCUAGUGGCCAUCAUUCCGCGGCUGCACCUACACGACCAUGAUCUCUCGAUUUGACGAGAAACUGAGGAGCAAUCUGCUGCGAACAUGACGGCUCUCCUUUGAACGAAGAAGGGGGGCUGCAAAAACACCUUGAAAGUCAUCUUCAUACCUUGACUUGAGUACCUGGUCUGUCCGCGUUUUUUUUUUUUAAAAAAAAAGGUGCAUGCGUAAGCCAGCCACCAAAACAGAGGCAGUUGUCACUCGCAAGGUGACCUUUCACCACAACCACACUCGCCUCCCCGGCACAGCUCAAACAAUGCUCGGGAAGCUUUUCAACCUGACGGCCGGCAACAAUGGCGACGACGCCACAGGUGCACAGGAUCAAAGCUCAACAUCUCCCUCACAGCUGAUUUCAACCCUCGAGUCCGUCCAGGAGGACAUACAUACCCGCAACUUGCUAUUCCCCGACGCCGAGUCUCUGUUUCAGCACCGCAACGAUCAGGUCUUUCCACUUUCGGCCGGUCCAGCUCUUCCGUCGACGUCGACCGCUGUCAACUCUUUUGACUAUGACUGCGACGUCUUCCUUGAUGCUCAAGAUGUCCGCGUCCUCAUCAUGCAGGAUGCCCUCAGUGCUAAGCCUGCUGCGCUGAUCUACGACAGCCGCCCGCGUCCACCGCCCACCAGCCCAGUGUCGGAUCGCCCAGACAGGCCUCCUUCCGUGGCUGGGUUCGCCACGGGUCCACCACCGGAUGUACGACGCGGGCCUGUGUCCCCGAGGAAGUCUAGCAUGAGUCAGGGUUCCCGGCCUGGAAACAUGACGCAGGAUGGCUCGCAACCGCAACGGCAGAGCGCCUUUGACCGGAGGGCGUCCAUGCACGGCCGCACUCAGCCGCGCAUCGAGUCAGAUACGCAACGUGCGAACCGCGAGUAUGCCGAUGAGAUCAACGUCUUCUCGAGUUGCAUCUUUGGAAACUCGGAGCUAAUGGCCUACAAAGGCACAUCCACCAAGGUCCAUGUGGUUCCGACUGAUGGUCGCAAUGAAUCUUCUGCCUCAUUCUUCGGCGACGGGAGGGGAUCCCUAGGCAGGGCCAGCAUGCGAUCCUCCAAGCUGUCGCAGUCUUUUUCUUCGGAGGCGGUGGGGGAUUUUAUGCCACAGAUGUCAUCGAGUGCGCUGCCUCGCACUCCACAACGGAAGAAGGUUCUCAUUACGCGGCUGUUCCCCGUGACCUUGCCAAGCGACGAAGCAAGCGACCUUCCGAUAACGACACCGAGCAGUCGAUUCUCGGAGGACAGUGCCGGAGGAUUCCCAUUCCCGCAAGACGGCGAGGAUGGCAAGGCGAAAAUGAAGAGACCACAGCCGAAGCAGAAGCGUACGCCCAUGUAUGCCGUGGCUCUGGUUAUAAAUCUUCCCCAACCCACUGGCGGGAACGGAAAUGGUGUCUCGGUUUCGGCCUCCAGGCAGGGAGUUUUUCGUGGGUCGAGCUCAUACAACGAAAACGAAUCGUUUCCAUCUUCUUUCUCCUCUGCGCGUCGCUCUGGCUGGACAAUGGUCGGGCAGGCUGCGGCCAUCGACUCUUUCGAGUCGGCAUACGUGGGUGACAUCGAGGACCGCAUCGACCCUAUAACGCAGCACUGGGAUAUCAUCAUGCGGACCCUCACACACCUCCAAUCGGUGGUAGCCACCAAGCUCUCCAGCAUGUUGAGACAACAUGAUAUUGGAUCCCCUGAUCAGAUACCGUCGUCCCUGAACUCGCAACUAUCACGACGACCGUCGGUCUCCAGGCGGAGGAGCGAUGAUGGGGCGUCCACGAAAGCCCCCAAAAUGAACGCAAGGUACCUGACUCUCCACCCAAACUGCUUAAUGGACAACCACGAAGUCACUCGUGAGAUCGAGAUUGCACAAGCGCGCAUCGUUGCUGGCCUACGGGCCACGCGAGUCGUCACGGGACAAAAUCGCUGGGGAAUCUGGCGCGAGGAGGCAAGAUGGGUGGCAAGGUGGGCUGGGGUCAAAGAUCAAGGACUUUUCUUCCACAGCCUCCUCACAGGAUAUCUUGCCACGCACACAGACUGGCUACAGGCGCUUGGUCCGUCUUUCCACCGAAAGCGGCACCAAGAACAGGCGAGGGCUCGCGGCGAUGAAGACAUGUCUCUUCCGGCUCGCACCGUGAUUGUUGCCCGAGACAAGAUGGCCGCAAGGAGGCUGGUCUUCCUCCUUGCUGCGUUUCUACCUGCCAAUCAGCAAUUGCCCAUCAGCAUGCGUGCACAUCGACCGAGUACAUCUGCCUCUUUUGGUGGCCCCUUCUCGCAUUCUCCUCCGACCUAUGCCGUUCCGAUCCUGAAGGAAGAGUCCCUCAGACGGAAGAUUAAUCGCCGUACAGCACCGAGGCGAUUGUCACACUCUCGAACCGUCAGCCUACAGGCACAACCUCCGACCCGUAGCUCUGGCCUACCUUCUCAACUCGCCCAUCUGAGCAUGGAACGCGGACAUGAACGGAGACCCUCCGAUGCCACCUCAAUUCGAACCACCUAUCUUCCAAUUUCGACCAGCGACAGCCAGAACCGGAAGAGCAGCGCCGCCACAGCCGCGACCAUCACACCAGAGGCUACGAUCCCUCACUUUGCUACUCUACAGAGACAGGAAUCUCUGUCCAGCCGACGACCGGGGAGUGCGAGCAGCACUGCCGCUGAUGACCUGAAGCGGACCUUACAGAGGGGAGAUAGCAACCUUAGCACGAAUAGCGGAAGCAACAGCCCUGCAGCCAGCGAACCGCGCCCAUCCUCGAGCACUUGGGGUGUGCUCGCUGGCCUAUGGAAUGCCAGGCGUCGAGGGUCUCGUGGCUCUACCGACACAAGCCCACCAAAGAGGGACUCGAUCAACAGCAUCCUGAGCGGGCCCCCAAUGUCGCCUACCAAGCCUACCCUUCGCAGCCAUCAGGAGCAGUUACGAAGCCCUGCGCGACUGACGGCGGAACCAAAGAUGUCGAGAGCUGCAGGCCUCACAUCGGCCCCAGACCUGGUAUCCCGAGAGCAACGCACAGAAGAUUCACCGGGACGCCGGAGGACGGAGUCCCCGUCGACAAGAGAAAGCGUAUCUCGCUCGCCACGCCUCUCUCGUCUUGCCACCUUGUCAGAUGACGGAUCAGAGGCUCUGCUCCCGCCCAGGAGAAGCGACACUUUCCAAAGAAUCCCGGACCCAUCGGGUGCCUUCGAGUCGCCAGUCAAAACCUCCAUAAACAUCAGCGACGGUGUGAUUGACGUCGAUGUCCAAUUCCCCGAGUACAUCACGUCUUUCGAAACUGCUAUUAGUUCACCCUCAAGCAGUGGCUACCUUUCAACACCUGGAGGCAGCGGACUAGAACUUUUUGAACAAACCAGCCGCAUCGCUGCCGAUGGUGAUCAGCCGUUCAACGUUGCGGGUUGGCUCCAACAAUACCAUCCAGACUUCAUACUACAGGCCAUACCACCACAAGAAGACUUGAUUGAGCAAGUCAAAGCUUCUCUCAGGGCGGAGCCUUCGCCGCCAGUCCUGUACUCACCAUACCAUCCCAUGUCAGCAGAAGCACAGCAGCAGGAACGGUGGCUGGAUGUCAGCAGUGUCAUUGUUGCAGACACUACGAGCUUCUCCAUACAGAGAAUUCGAUACCGACGUCUUGUCAAGCUGAAGCCAUUUCAAGACCUCUCCGCUGGGGCCCUACUUACCACAUCGUCGGUCAACACCCAUAGCCCACCUGUAGCUCUGCUCACCCCAGCCGUUACCCCGUACGAGACCAAGUUGGAAGAAGAGUUCAUCAUAGAGCCUAUCGUCACGCUGGACGACGUCCUAGUUGAGGCCGUCGAGCGGGUAGUCGGCCACGUCGGCCUAGACUCGACAAGCUCCUCUCGCUCCACGAGCAAACGCCGUGAGCGGAGUAACAGCGACACCGCACCCUCGGGCGAGGCCACUUCGGCGAUACGCCAUGUGGCCAUGCCGGUCGGCCGCGCCCCUAAGGCCUUGCAGGAGGUACCUCGCGCAGAAUGCAAGAUGGUCAUACUUUCGGCGCUCGAGGAGGUGAUCAAGGAGGUAGUUGAGCGGCGUGACAGGGAGCAUCGUGAGAUGGACAACGACGAGCAUCGCGAAAAGGAGAGCGAGCUCACAGUCGCCGUCAGAGGCUGGUUGGAGAGUGUCGAGAUGGGAGAAUGACAACCCUACCCUCCCACCUCGACGACGAUCACCAUAUUCCUGACUUGCUUGGCACAUGCUCUAAUUGGGGGGGGGGGGGGGUUGUUCAUCAACUAUGUUUUCUUUUUUUCUUUUUCAACUAUUAAUUUUAUGAUUGUUUACCUGUAUCAUUAGCAUGGCGGUAGCAUCUUGUUUGCUGCGAUAUCUUGUUUUUCUUUUCCUUCUUUUUUUUAUCCUAUCCUCUGGACCUCACUCGAUUUGUGUGGUUGGGCCCCUCGAGCAUGGGGCCGGCAUUCAUUCGUUGAAAUACAUGAUACCCGAUUUCUCACAGGUAGGACAUCAUCGCUUACAGAUCCUUGAGCUAAUAAUCUCUUGGCAUAUUGUACAAAUGAACGAGACAGGAGCUAGACCGCCCUGCACAAGAUGAAUAGAUUAUCGUCGAACAGCUUUAUGUGAAAAGAUCA